ACGGGGAAAAAGAAAGCAGAUCAUGACCAUGAUCAUCAACUCUCAUGUCUCUCCACCCACCAACGCCAACUUUCGAUGCAUCCCUUCUCUCCGCUUUUUGCAAUAUCUACUUGACCAGGGAGUAGAGGGAGGAGUUUUUGUAUCCCCUCCACCAGCAUCAUUUCAUGGCAUUUAAUCAGUCUCUUCGUGUGGUUGCAUGUUGUGGUGAAAGCGAGGGAGAAAGUGCGAAAGGUGUACGAAGAACCACUUUCCCAUCACACGGAGCAGGACAGCGAUAAAUAGCACGUCAAAUGGAGUGAGCCAAUAGUUAUGAUGGUGGUUUACACUCGCUUUGGUGGUGAAGUGAAAUAGCCGUCGCGGUAUUUUAGCUGUCAGGAGCCAGAAGCAGAAGCAGGAGAAAAGAAGAGUACAGAUCUGUAGUGAGUCUGUGAAGUGAGGUGAAAUUAGGUCGUUUUUUUGCAGUCUGACUACUCGUUACUUUCUACAUCUUCUUUACAUCUGUUUUAUAAGCAAAAUAAGUCAAGCAAAGUUUUCUCAUUUGAGUACAAAAUUGGAGGAAAGGACGAAGAAAGUACAAAAAUUGGCUUAAGAGACCAAUCCAUGGUUGAUGUUUGGGAUGUAAAAACCUGCAACGGAAACAAGAAGAGUUUUAUCUAUCACUGAAGCAAUAGCGAACUGAAUCUUCUUUGACCUGGAAACUGAUUACGCCGCUUACAAGAAGAUGACUGACGUGAGUUUGAAAUGGCAAACGGUACUGACAGAUCUCGCAACACUGGCAACAGCCGGAGUCGCCCUGUUUCUUGUCGGAAUCUCAACCCCACAAAGAAAUGGAUUUUUCUGCUCCGAUCAGUCAAUCCGAUAUCCUGUGAUACCUGGCUCAAAGUUCAGCUCCAAAACGCUGGCUGCAACUUGCCUGUCCAUCUCGUUUUUGACGAUAUCCUUGACUGAAUUUUUAAGUCAUCGAAGAUCUCGGUCUACAGGGACAUUCCUAUCGCGUCCUGUUCCUAUAUGGUUCUUACACAUGUACAGAAGUUUUGUGGAUUUCCUCUUUGGAUGUGUAGCAUCUCAGCUUAUGACAGAUGUAGGAAAAUAUACUAUGGGUCGGCUGCGCCCAAACUUUAUUGCCGUGUGCAACCCCAACAUAACUCUAACUCAUUGUGACAUGUAUGGAAACAAGUACAUAACGGACUACAAAUGUCAAGACUCUCAGAACGAUGCAAAGGAAUCAAGGGUGUCGUUCCCCUCUGGUCAUUCCUCAUUCUCGGCCUAUACAAUGUUUUAUGUGGCAAUAUACGUUCAACUUAGAUGGAAUGUUAUGAACAAGCGCAGUCAUUUGAGGCUUAUCAAAUGUGGGAUCCAAAUCUGUCUCAUUCUGAUUGCUUAUUACACAGCCUUAUCAAGGGUUAUGGAUAAUAAACACCACUGGUCAGACGUCUCAGCAGGGGCUCUAAUUGGGGUGGUUACAGCUUCACUAACUGCCCGUUACGUGUCAAGUCUAAUGAACGAUAAGGCAUUGAGUGAUGAUAAGUUACCAUACAGUAUUAAUUCAGGGCCUCUUACGGGAGGAGCCAGGAGACCUCAGUCCAAUUACGACUUGGAAGCUCAACAAAUUCCUAAGGAUCAACCGUUGGGGGAUCAACACUAGUACAUAAACUAAAUUUUAGUGUAACAUUUUAGUUUACCUGAUUGUAACCGUUCUUAAUUUAUUGUGUUUUACUUGGGCUACCGAUUUUUUAAAGUUUUAUUGUCUUGUGCAUGCUUGUGGGAAACUUAAGUUCGACAAUUGACAAGUAUGUAUUAUAAUUAGAUAUUAUACUAGCCACCAUACAUAGGUAUGCACACGAAUGGUUAAUGAGUAUGAGUAUGAAUAUUAUGUACCCGUUCACAAAUUUUAUCCCUAUCUAGUUCAAUCGCAAGAAUAUUAAUCAUCAUUAGAAAUUAGUACUAAUCCUUUAAAUGUACAUAUGCUCGUCCAUGUAUUAAGUUAUGAUUAGUGAUAUCACCAAAGAAAAUCAAUUUUAUUGGGACGACAAUCAUCACACAAAGACAUUUGUUUUUCAGAGGUCUGUCUAAUCUAAAGAAUUUGUAUGGUUCCGAUAUGCACACAACACGCUGAACCAGAAACGCUUUUGCUCCAAUUAAAUUUUGGAGAUCUGAAUGUUUGCCUGCGACACCCAAUUGCCUCUUGUAUCUUCUAAAUACAUACUUGAGCCCAAACGCUCAUUAAUAUACUCAAAAGGUAAAAAUAAUUUUGCAGACCCUGCCUGCCUACUAUACAUGGUUCGUACUUAAUAAUAAUGCAAUAAUCCAUUCUUGUGUAGAAUUAAGGUAGAAUUAUAAUUCAAAUUGGAGUUAUGCAGAGUUAAAUUAAGAGAAAGUGGUGUUUUAAUAUAUUGUGUAAUCUAAACAGAGAUCCAACACAUAGUUCCAUUCAUAAUUAUUAUUGUUGUUAUUCUAACCCAGUGUUAAUAAUCUGUAAUAAAGACUGCGCCGUUGCCAGUUGUUGAUAAGCUGA